AUGAGGACUUCUUUUGCCCUCGCCGCCCUCGCGGCCUCUUGCGCCAAUGCCGUUGCUGCCCCCGCUCCCCAGGACGUCGAGGCCCUGGCCACCCCCGAGGAGACCGUUGAUGGUCUGAUCGGUCUGUCCAAGAACGGUACCUGCGCUCACGACCCCAACAACUCCAAGGAGGUCGUCGUCAUGCUCGACAAGAACGAGAUCCCCCAGGCCAAGUCCUUGCUCGCCAAGCUCGGAAGGCAAGCCGACGAUGAUGGUGUCUUCGAUGUCAUGGACAACUCUCAGUGGAGUGCCAUCGUCAUGCACGCUACCCCCGAGUGCAUCACCUACCUCGAGGACCUUACCGAAGUCAAGUUGGUUGAUGAGACCGCUCAGAUCCAGUCAUUUGUCACUCAAAAGACUGGCGCACCAUGGGGCCUUCAGCGCAUCUCCAACGAAGCCGGCGCCUCUGGCGACCCAUCUGGCCAGGACUUCACCUAUUCCUUCGAUGACGCCAACCUUGGCGCUGGUGUCGACGUCUACGUUGUCGACACUGGUGUCCGUGUCUCCCACGCCGUCUUCGGAGGCCGUGCCAAGGAAGGCUUCUCCUUCACCUCCACUGCUGCUGACGGUGAUGGCCACGGCACCCACGUUGCUGGUUCUGCCGCUGGUGCCAAGUUCGGUGUUGCCCAGAACGCAAACAUCAUUGCCGUCAAGGUUCUCGGCGACGAUGGCUCUGGUUCCUCUUCCAGCACCAUUGCUGGUAUGAACUGGGUCCUCAACAACCACGAGAAGCGCAAGACCGAGCAAGGCUUCGUUGGUUCCAUCAUGAGCAUGUCUUGGGGUCUCCAGGGCACUGCCAACUCCGUCGAUCAAGCCAUCCUCUCUGCCGUCUCCGCCGGAAUCCACGUCUCCGUUGCUGCCGGUAACGAUGGCGCCGAUGCUUGCGGCACGACCCCUGCUCACCUUGGUGGCGCCAACUCCGACGUUGUUACUGUCGGCUCCGUGAACAUCCAGAACAAGGUCUCCUCCUUCUCCAACAUUGGCAAGUGUGUCGACAUUUUCGCGCCUGGAGAGCAGAUCCUCAGCGCCUGGAGCACUGGUGACAACGUCAUCAACUUCCUUUCUGGCACAUCCAUGGCCACUCCCCAGAACUCUGGUGUCAUGGCCUACCUGAUGGCACAGAACCCGACCGAGUUUGGUCAGAACCCCAAGGCCCUCAAGGCUGAGCUUCUCAAGCUCGCCCGGCAGGACGUCAUCACUGGCUCCCUCGGUGGCAGUGCCAACCUGCUCCUCAGCAACGGUGUCAACGGCGCCGUCCAGAAGCGUUCCGUGACCGGCAGCCCGGCCUCGUGGGCUAAGAACAUGGUUGACAACGAGCUCUCGACCCGUUGGGUCGUCACCGACGACUCCUCUCCGCUUCGCUUCUAG